CUGAGCUUCUGAUCCGUGGCAGGGCAGUGUCCCUUCCAUGUACCACCAGGAUGCAGAGGGUGCCAGAAGAGCCACGGCAGCCAGCAGGGCUGAUACAGCAGGAACCUCUUCCGUCUGUCACAACCCUGCAUUCCAUGUUCCAAGGACUUGGUUUUGAGACAAUCCCGAGACCUGCCUUGGGACGGGCAGUUCAGCCUUUGGGUCGAGGCAUCUUAGGCAGGGGCAUGGGUGAUAUGGAGGCCAAACCUAAAACAGUCAUGCCAGUGCAACCCACCUUUCCAUCACCAAAUGUCAUGCCAGUUGCGGACAGCAAGGUAGAAAGGAUGUCGCUUUCUCCUGGCAGAAUUCUUGGCCGCGGGCAAAUGGAAUCUCCACUUGUCCCUCUUGGAAGAGGAGCCAUGUCACUCGGCAGGGUGUUGUGCAAAGUUCCUACAGACUUGACUUUCCUGCGCACAGUUGUGCUUCAGCCUCAGCUCUCACAACCGCUGCUGUCACCCUCCAGGUUUGCACCCCAGCCAGAAAGUUCUCCAUCCACCGUUGUUGAACAGAUUGAGAGAAAAGAACCGCUAAUGAAGCGAGGAUCUAAAGGAACUCCUUUCCCCUUAGGACUGAACCUGAUUAAAAUACACUGCAAAAAUGAAGCCAUUUACCAGUACCAUGUGACUUUCAGUCCUAAUGUGGAAUGCAAGAGUAUGCGGUUUGGGAUGAUGAUGGAGCAUAGAUCGGUGACAGGAGACGUUAUCGCAUUUGAUGGCUCUAUCCUCUACCUGCCUGUCAAGUUGCCUCAAACUGUUGAUCUGACGUGUCAGAGAAAGACAGAUGGAGCUGAGAUCUCCAUAAAGCUUCAGAUGACCAAAAUCUUAGAGCCCAGCUCGGACCUGUGCAUUCCGUUUUACAAUGUGGUCUUCAGAAGGGUGAUGAGGAUUUUAGAUAUGAAACUUGUUGGGAGAAACUUUUAUGAUCCCACCAGUCCUACAAUGCUGCAGCAAUAUAGGUUGCAGAUAUGGCCAGGUUACUCAGCCAGUAUCCGGAGGACGGAUGGAGGUCUCUUCCUGUUGGCAGACGUCUCCCACAAGGUUAUCCGGAAUGAUUCUGUCCUGGAUAUAAUGCAUGUAAUCUAUCAGCAGAGAAGAGAGACCUUCCAGGAUGAGUGCACCAAGCAGCUAAUUGGCAAUAUCAUCAUUACCCGUUAUAAUAAUCACACGUACCGUAUUGAUGACAUUGACUGGAACAAGACUCCAAAAGACAGUUUCAUCAUGUCUGAUGGAAAAGAGAUCACCUUCAUAGACUACUACAGCAAAAAUUAUGGUAUAACAGUCAGGGAGCUGGACCAGCCGCUGCUGAUUCACAGACCCAAUGAAAGGCGGACUCCCCAAGGGAAGCUUCAGAGGGGUGAGAUUCUGCUGCUGCCAGAGCUCUCAUACAUGACCGGGAUCCCUGAGAAGAUGAAGAAGGACUUCAGAGCCAUGAAGGACCUAACCCAUCAAAUUAAUCUGAGCCCUAAGCAGCACCACGCAUCUCUGAGGAAUCUCCUGCACAGGAUUGAGGUGAAUGAGGCUGCCAGCAAGGAAAUGUCACGGUGGGGACUAUGUUUGGACAAGGAUGUGUAUAAGACACAAGGGCGUGCUCUCCCUAUGGAAAAAAUAAACCUGAGGACCAGCUCUUUUAUGACUUCUGAGGACCUAAACUGGACCAAAGAAAUAACAAGAGAAGCCGCCGUCUCUACAAUUCCCAUGCAUUACUGGGCAUUGUUUUAUCCAAAACGUGUCGUGGACCAAGCACGAGAGUUGGUCAGCAUGCUGGAGAAGGUCUCUGGCCCAAUUGGCAUGCAGUUAAACCAGCCCGCCUGGGUGGAAUUGAAAGAUGAUCGAAUAGAGACCUAUGCCAGGACUAUCAAAUCCAUGUUGGGCACUGAGGGGAAGAUGCAGAUGGUAGUAUGUAUCAUCACUGGGACCAGAGAUGACUUGUAUGGAGCCAUUAAAAAGCUGUGCUGUGUGCAAUCUCCAGUACCCUCUCAGGUCAUCAAUGCUCGAACUAUCAUGACCCAGCCAAACAAAUUAAGGAGCAUAGCACAGAAAAUUCUGCUGCAGAUUAAUUGCAAGCUAGGUGGGGAACUCUGGGGAGUGGACAUCCCAUUGAAACAGCUGAUGGUGAUUGGCAUGGAUGUGUACCAUGAUCCCAGCAGGGGAAUGCGCUCUGUGGUUGGCUUCAUUGCAAGCACCAAUCAUGCUCUCUCAAAGUGGUAUUCUAGGGUUGUGUUCCAGAUCCCUCAUCAGGAAAUUGCAGAUAGUUUGAAGCUGUGUCUGGUUGGGGCCUUACAGAAGUUCUAUGAGGUGAACCACUGUCUGCCUGAGAAGAUAGCAGUUUAUAGAGAUGGAGUGUCAGACAGCCAGCUGAACACAGUGGUCAGCUAUGAGAUCCCACAGCUCCAGCAAUGCUUUGAAGCCUUUGAGAACUACCAGCCCAAGAUGGUGGUCUUUGUGGUCCAGAAGAAAAUCGGCACCAAUCUCUACUCUGCGUCCACUGAGCACUUUGUAGCCCCUGCUCCAGGGACUGUAAUUGACCAUACUGUCACCAGCAGGGAUUGGGUGGAUUUUUACUUGUUGUCUCAUCGCGUCCGACAGGGUUGUGGCAUCCCGACUCACUAUAUCUGUGUGCUUAACACAGCCAACCUCAGUCCUGACCACAUGCAAAGGUUGACUUUCAAGCUUUGCCACAUGUACUGGAACUGGCCAGGCACUAUCCGAGUUCCAGCCCCCUGCAAAUAUGCUCACAAGCUGGCCUUUCUCGCAGGACAGUUUCUGCACCAUGAGCCAGCUAUUCAGCUGUGUGAGAGACUCUUUUUCCUGUAACCUGGAAAGCUGGGAGAUGAAGGGGAGACUCUAGCUCCUCAAACAGCAGAUGGAGAAGGGAGCCUCUUGGAUGGAGCUUUCAUUGCUCUGUGGUCACCUUCUGAGGGGACACUGCACACUAGUGCUUCUGACAGCCAUAUAAAAGGAGACUCUCUUCUAAGUUUGUUUUUAUAAAUAUAUAUAUUCGGCAUUUCUUUUUACUUGGUUACUUAAAGGACACUUGAACAUUAGACCCAGAAACAUGACCUCCUUUAAAAUCAAUGCAAUAAUCCAGUGGGGGAUUCUGCUUCUUGACUUCUGUUGCUCUGCUCUCCUGCGUAUGAAAACAAAAGCAGUAUGCUACCUCUGCAGCAGCAUUUUAACCCCACUGCUGGGCUAAUGGCAUUGAGGCUGGCUCAACAACACAGAAGGAAAUGGUAUUAAUUUCGUACAUCAAGGGAGGGGUGUGAUCAGGGCGUCGUUCCUGGUCAUAGGAAAGGAGCAGAAUCAGCAGAGGUAGGGCUAGCUUUACUGGAGUGUUGACCUAAGGUUAAAGAUACUUAACAGUACCCAUUUAAGAGUGGGUUCCUGAUAACAGCCAUUUGCAAAGGGAGGUGAAGAUGCAACAGGAAGGGAUAAAUCUUGUUUCAAAGGGUAGCAUUCAGUUUGCAGACAAUUAAAUCUGUUCCCGGUCAGCUGGUUUCCCACGGAAAUGGGACUGCAGGGUACCAUUGUGAGGGAGAGUUUGAGCUCGAGCUCGCUUGCUUCUUCAGCAUAUGCAGGUGACAUGCUAAGGGCUAGUCUACACUACAACGCUACAUUGGCUGCACUGAUGCAGCUGCGCUGCUGUAGCACAUCUGGUGAAGAUGCACU